AUGAAAUUGAUCCAGCUCUUAAGAAUUUGGAAAAUGAAUUUUCAAAGAUAAAAACUAUUAAACUAAGUUGGUAAAAUUCAUUAUUUUCAAUUAUUGGCACUCAAUAAUCAUAUAAGAAUUUGGUUGAUCGACUUUAUUAUUAGAAGGGCAAUACUAAAUUAAAACAAAAAAAAUUUGACUUUGCUUAAUUUCUGA